AUGAGCGUGGUGCUGCGGAACGCUCAGCGCUCCGUGCCCCUGCGCCGGGCCCCGCUCCGCCGCGCCGUGUGCGCCCUGCGCGCCGCCCUGGGCGCCUCCCGCUUCGACGUGGGGCUCGUCUGCGCCGGCAACGCGCUGAUGCAGCGUCUGAACGGCGCCUACCGACAGCGCCCGGAGCCCACCGACGUCCUGUCCUUCCCGUUCCACCAGGUGGCGGCGGGGGAGCUGCCGCAGCCGCGCUGCCGCGGCGAGUACAACCUGGGGGACAUCUUCCUGGGCGUGGAGUACAUUCACCAGCAGUGCCGGGACGCCGGGGAGGACUUUGAGGGCGUGCUGGUGGUGACGGCAGCCCACGGACUGUGCCACUUGCUCGGCUACCGGCACGACACGAAACCCGCGUGGGAGCAGAUGUACCGGAAGGAAGCGCAGAUCCUGGAGGAGCUGAACCGCCUCACUGGCUCCCGGCUGCGGCCCCUCACCGCCG